AAUUCCAAAACUCAAAUAAAAACAGAGAAGAAGAAGUACGCACACUGUUUUCAAUCGCGUUUCUCUUAUCUCUCUUUCUCUCUCAACAUUCUCUCUCUAGAAUUUCCGGCUUCUUGGGUUUUUAAUUUCUGAUAUUCUUUGAAGUUCAACGGCAAUGAGCGAUCACUUUAUGCACACAGAAAGUGUGUCCAGCAUUGGUGCAAUGAGAAGGGAGACAUAACUUGUGAGAUAUGCCAUCAGCCUUACCAACCUGGUUAUACUGCUCCACCACCACGCCCUCAGCCUGAAGAAACCACCAUUGACAUAGGAGGAGGCUGGACAAUAUCUGGCACGCCUUUGGACUUGCGUGAUCCUCGACUAUUGGCAAUUGCAGAGGCUGAACGCCAAUUUUUGGAUGCGGAAUAUGAUGAAUAUGCUGCUUCUAAUGCCAGUGGAGCUGCAUUUUGCCGCUCUGCAGCUCUAAUUUUAAUGGCCCUUUUACUCUUGCGGCAUGCACUUUCUGUCACUGAUGGUGAUGCUUCUGAUGAUGACCCAUCCAAUUUUUUCUCCCUUUUCUUGCUACGUGCUGCUGGAUUUCUUUUACCUUGCUAUAUAAUGGCUUGGGCAAUUAGUAUUCUGCAACGUCGGCGACAGAGACAGGAAGCUGCAGCACUAGCAGCAACCCAAGUUGCUUUUGUCCUACAGUCUGGGCAGCACAGGGGGCUACAAUUUGCCAUAGCCCCAGGACCACCACCCACUGUACAGCAGGAACAAGUGUGAUUCCUUUGUCUAUUAGUUAAAAUGUAUCGAUCCCCGGAAAACAAAAUUGCAAAAGUUAAUGGCCUCUGCGCCAUGAAGAUGGCUUGUUGAAAUUCCAAUGCAUAGCUCUUGAUUUUUCCGAGGUCUGAUGUAUGUACAUAUUGGGGUGGUAAAAAAAUUGCAUGAGUACAUUAUCUUUUAUCUCGGUUCGUUUCUAUUCAUCCAUCUAAAGAUGUAUCCAUCCUAAUAUGUUUGAGGCGCUACUAUCGUCGGGGUCUAUUUGUAAUUAACAUGAGCCUUGGAAAGGGAUAUUUAUUUUGUUUCUGAA